AUGCGGCUGAGGAAAUCAUUCGCAACUGAGUUGAAGACUGAAGAUAAGCUAAACUUUCAGGAAGCUUCACUAGAAAAUCAGGUGGUGCAAGCGAACCCGGCCAUUGAGGCUUUUGGUAACGGAGCGACAGUAAGGAACUAUAACUCAUCAAGGUACGGCAAAUUUGUUCGAAUUCACUUCGACAAGCGCGGUAAACUGGUUGGAGGAGACAUUGAACACUGUAAGAUUUUGCUAGCGAUUUUAAGUAGUUCUUUCGAGGUUCUGUGA